AAACAAGAGGAAAGAACUACCUGAUGGUUUUCUUUUGAGAUAUGUGUGUGUAUAUAUAUAUAUAUGUAUAUGUGCUCCCAGGUAACAGAGGUAGUAUGAGAGGUGAUGGCCUCACGUUGUGCUGGGGAGCUUCAGGUUGAGUAUUAGGGAACAUUUCUUCUCAGAGCGGUGCUGCACUGGCACAGGCUGCACAGGGAGUGGUGGGGUCACUGUCCCUGGGGUGUUCCAGGUGUUCCAGCUGUGGGGAUGUGGCACUGAGAGACGUGUCAGCGGGCACGGUGGGGUGCGGAUCUGAGAGAGCUUUUCCAACCUUCAUGAUUCUAUGAUUCUGCGCUCCAAUCAAGGUGCUCUCCAGUGAAAAUCCUUCAUUCUCUUUUCAUUCAAAAUAAAACACCAACAGGAAGGGAAGGGGAUUUGAACAGGGUUUUUAUCCAGAGUUGAUUCCCUUACAGAAUAAGGAGCCUUUUUCCUGAACAUCACCUGCUUCAGAUGGAUUUUCAAUUGCUAGCAAGUGCACUUGGAAGCAAUCCCCUUCCCAGCAGUGCUUUGCACCCACUAUCUAUUUCCUUUGCUAAAUGAGCAAUGCACGAGCCCAUUCCCGUGCUGCUAUUUUGGAGCCCAGCUGCAGGGCUGCUGGCUCAACUCCCACAGAGCUACACAUCUUCCUCUGCAGAGCAAAACCCUCUCCAGGACAGGGACACGUGCUGGCGAUGAGCGCUGCCUCCUGCAUUUUUACACUUGUCCUUGCAUUCUUUUUUUCCCCUUUGGUAUGAUGUGUGGCUUUUGGUUCACCUGCUUCCACAUGUGUUUGGAGCAAAUGGAGCAGCUGGAGGUGUCGUCACCAAAGAGCAGCUGUGAAUGAGAACAGCUGGUGACUCUGAGUUUGGCUGAAUCGCUGGUGGAAGCCCUUCAGCUUCAGCACCCCUUGGUCUCGUUUGUCCCCUCCUGCAUGGCUGGGCUCCUUGCAGGUGGGGCAGGGCUGGCUGGCCGAGCAAAGGGAGCUCUGCAGGAGUUCAAAUGUCCGCUUCUGGAUUUGUUGCUCUGUUCAGUGGCCCUUGAGAUCUUUUCAUCCUGCCUGAAUCUUAUUCUACCUCUUUAAUUCACUACUGUGUUCACCAGCUUUUAGUCCAGGCUAUUAAACCAGCUGUUUCUCCCUGGGGCUAAGCAACAAAUUGCGAUCACAAAACACACACUGGAUUAGAACACUUCUGUACGGCAGUGCCAAGAGCUGGAGCAGAACUCUAUCGCUGAGUGCUGGGAUCUGUUGGCCACGGAGGGGUCAGAGCAGGAGGCAGCCGUGCUGGCUCUGUGCUUGCAUUUGUCACAUGCUGCCCGAGGGUCACAUGCCGAGGUGGCACAGCCGUGCACAGCCGGGCUGGUGGGACCACAGAUGGCGUCUGUCACCCAGCACCAGAUGCAGAAGUUCCGUGAGGAUGGUUUCCUUGUCCUGGAGCACUUCUUCAGCCCAGAGGAGUGUGACAGCAUGAGGAGCAGCAUCCAGAGGAUCCUGGAUGGGAUGGAGGUGCCUCCACACUGCCGGACCGAGUUCUCCACCAAGGAAGAGGAGCAGCUCCAGGCACAGAUGCAGGGUAGCUCGGAUUAUUUCCUAACCAGUGGAGACAAGAUCAGGUUCUUCUUUGAGAAAGGUGUUCUGGAUGAGAGAGGCAACUUCCUAAUUGCAAAGGAGAAAUCUGUCAGUAAGAUUGGCCAUGCCUUGCACGCUCACGAUCCCGUCUUCAAGCAGAUCACUCACUCCUCCAAGGUGCAGGAACUGGGGAGAAAACUGGGCCUCGAGAGACCGGUGGUUGUGCAGAGCAUGUACAUCUUCAAGCAACCCGGCAUCGGUGGGGAAGUGACACCGCACCAGGACGCCACGUUCCUGCACACGGAGCCCCUGGGCCGGGUCCUGGGCUUCUGGAUUGCACUGGAGGAUGCCACGCAGGAGAAUGGCUGCUUGUGGUUCAUUCCUGGCUCCCACACCAGUGGGGUUACCCGGAGAAUGGUGCGCGCAGCCCAAGGUGCCUCGACGUGUGUGGAGUUUGUAGGGUCAGAGCCAGCCUACGACGAAAGCAAGUUCAUCCCUGUGCCCAUAAGUAAAGGCGGGCUCAUCGUCAUCCACGGCGAGGUCGUCCACAAGAGUGAAAUGAACAGCUCGGCGUUCUCUCGCCACGUGUACACCUUCCACGUGAUGGAGGCCAAGGGCACCAGCUGGAGCAAGGAGAACUGGCUGCAGCCAACUCCUGAGCUGCCUUUUCCACCGCUCUACACUUGAAGUUUGUGAUUGGCUUCUGGAGACAACCAGCUGGUCCGUGUUCCUGUGAUUGCCUGUCUGUGUUCUCUUUAAAUGCAGCUCACUAGGUCAAUGCUGAAGAUAUAAUUAUCCCCUGAGAGCAAGGUCCCUUCAUGCAGCCUAAUAUGCCUGCCUUAGGUAGAAGCUUCUGCUGCAGGAUGAGCCCGAGGAUAGCUGGCCAUUUGGUGAGGAAAUUUCUUCUGUCUCCAGAAUAGGCCAUUAAGGACUGUUCCACCUUGACCAGGGCACUGGUUGAGAAGUAUUUCUUGUUGCAGAUCCAUAGUAUUUUAAGUCAAGAGCUUGCUUAGUGCUUGGCUCUGUGAAGUAGCAGUGCAGGUGAAUGUGUUGUGUGAAGAUGGCUGACUUUUAGCCUUAGGUCUCUGUCCUGUUGUUUGAAUAGUAAUAAAGACAAUACUACUGUGGGCAGAAUGAAUCAGGAAGCCUGCUUUUAUAAUUAAUCACUCUUCUGGGUACUUCUGGCAAAUUGCAGCUGAGUGUUUGAUCUCUGGGCUUGUCAAUUACAAUUAUUACUGCUCUUAAAGAUGUUGAAAUUAUGAGAACAACAACAAAGAAAAAACACCCUCGUGGUACUUAAAUAAAAAAAAUCAGAAAUCUUCAUUUUAAUCUCACCUCAUAUUUUUUUUUUUUUGAGGGUGUCAUGGUGUGACCUUCUCCCAGCACGCAGAGCACCGCUCUGUGAUGACCCAUUCGAGGUGUGUGCACCACCAGGACUGCCCAAACCCCAACAAAACCAAACCACAGUGAAACCUUAGGAACAUUAAGUAACUCACGUUGCAUCAGGGGCAAGCUCACACCUGUAUGCUAAGCUGAACAGAGCACAGGUAGCGUUUCUUAAGGAAUUGCAAUAGAUAGUAUCUCUCCCAAUGUACACAGAGGGUCAUAGAUGGGGACAAAGAAGUGGGAGAGACUGAAGGAAUGAAAUGCUGUCAUGGAUGUGAUGUAAUUACCUUCAAGAAGAGUCACGUAGCCUGGAGUUGUGUUUGUAGCAGGUCUGUGGCCAUGAGCAAUGUACCCAGCUCAAUCCAGCCAACUUGGGAGCACAAGUCAGGACGGAGUGAGGCAUUCCAGCUCCUACAUAAUAUCCCACACUUGUUUUUUAAUUUACUUUUUGAAUGCUUAGUGAAAUGGGCGCUAAGCUUAAUCUAGUUAAAACUAGAUAAAAGUGAAAUGAAGUGAACAAUCUAGUUGUUGUUUUCUGUUGAAGUAAAUUGGUUGGAGGAGCAAGGCUCCAGUUCUUAGUGACUUAGAGCUUUCGAAAAUACAUUACUGAUCUCUGG